AUGGCAGAACGUUAUGGCUCCGAUGCCAACAUCCUAAGCAUCCCUGUUCCCAUGCGCCGUGGCGGAUCUGAGUCCAACCUGGAUGUGGUGAACAGUGUUGGAGAUGAGGGGGUGGGCUUGGACUUCACAAAGGGAGCGCUGGGUAUCGACAGUCUACAGCAGAAGAUCCUAAAGGUAACAGAGCAGAUAAAAGUGGAACAAGUGGCACGAGAUGAGAACGUGGCCGAGUACUUGAAACUUAUGAACAACGCCGAAAAGCAGCAGGUCCAACGAAUACGCCAAAUCUUUGAAAAGAAAAACCAGAAGUCCGUUCACACAAUCAACCGGCUUCAGAAAAAACUGGAACAGUACCAUCGACGCCUGAAAGACCGCGAGAGCAAUGGCAAACACGGCCAUAAGAAUGGGAACCCAAAGGAGAGCGGCAUGCAGAGUAAGGAGGGCAGUCUCCGAGACGUGAGUGCGACCGGACGGCAUCACACUCUGGACAAAGUGAAAACCAUCGGUCCUGGAGUGACACUGUCGCCGCCCUUUUUCUUCAACAAACCACGAGAGUUUGCGAACCUCAUCAGAAACAAAUUUGGGAGUGCUGACAAUAUCGCCCACCUCAAGAGCUCCAUGGAAACGGGGUCAGGUCUGCAGGUAGAGGGCGCUGCUCGAGGCCUGAGUGGAAGUGCCACCACUGUAGCCAAAGCCACUAAGUAUCAAAGUGACGAUGAAUGCUCCAUCGCCUCGUCCGGCUCUGCUGACUCCACCGGUAACGCUGCCGGGGGGUCGGGGACAGGCUCUGGUGAUCCAGGACGGCCAGAGUCAAACGGGCGUCUGGAGGAAGUCCUGGAGAUGGUCCGGGAACUCAGGGAGGCCCAGGCACAGCUGUCAGAGGACAUUGAAAAUCUGAGUACGCAAUUCAAACGGGACCAAGGCUUUUUGACACAAAUGCUACAGGAUGAGAGAUACAGGUACCGGCAGUUAGAGGAAGAGCUCAAUGACCUCACAGAGCUCCACCAGAAUGAGACAAGCAACCUGAAACAGGAGCUUGCCAGCAUCGAGGAAAAGGUGGCCUACCAGGCCUAUGAGCGCGCCCGGGACACACAGGAAGCCCUGGAGUCGUGCCAGACUCGAGUGUCUAAACUGGAGCUUCAGCAGCAGCAGCAGCAGCAGACCGUGCAGCUGGAAAAUGCAGAUGCAAAACUGCAAAAUUUACUGCCCCGCUGCUGA